AUGUUAUUCAACAAGAAACGCGACUCCGCUUGUCGUACCCUAAAGCAAGUGCUAUGGUUCUGAGGUUCUAGUUUGGUGUGGAACGUAAAUCGAGGUCAUGGCCGUGAUCGUAUACUACGGGUAUUACUUUGGAUGCGACUAACUUUGUGACUUAGCAUGUUACAGCUUCCUUUCAGUCUGAGGUAGAAAACAUGGAUGCAAACGUGAACUCACUUCACUGGUUCAGGAAGGGCCUUAGGUUGCACGACAAUCCGUCGCUUCGCCAGGCAAUACAUGGAAGUUCUACUUUUAGAGCAGUGUUUUUUCUCGACGUUGACUCUUUAAACGAGAUAAAUAUAUCGAGAAACAAGUGGCGAUUUCUUUUGGAUUGCUUACUUGACUUGGACAGUAGUCUGCGAAGAUUCAACUCCCGUCUAUUCAUCGUGCGGGGACAACCGAUUGAUGUCUUUCCGAAAUUAAUUAAGCAGUGGGAUAUUACAAGGGUAACAUAUGAAUACGACGGUGAACCUUUCCCUCAAAGACGAGACGACUCGGUGAAACGUUUGCUUGAAUCACAAGGAGUUGAAGUUCUGGUAUCCUCAUCGCACACUCUUUACGACAUUGACGAGGUUAUUGAGUUGAAUCAUGGAAAUGUCCCAGUUACAUUUAAACAAUUUGAGUGCCUCAUAAACAAGCUUGGCACUCCAGCCAGCUGUGCCCCUGAUGUUGACCAGGAUAUGUUUGAAAAUUGUAAGACUCCUGUUAAAGAUAAUCAUGAUCAGAUUUAUGGAGUACCGCAGUACGAUGCCCUCGAGUUGGAUGAGGAAGAGCAUGAACAGGAGGAUUGGGUUGGUGGAGAGAAAGAGGCUCUUAAAAGGCUUGCACUUUUGGAGAAGAAGGUUUGUACUAGUUAAUGUUUCCAUUUAUCAGGUGACACAAUAAUUACAAAGUAAUGCUAUUUGUCAGUGAAAGCAGUAUUGCUGGAACACUGUAAGAAACUUAAUGCAGUCAUGAUCUUGAACCAGGCCAUCUGACAGGCUGCGGUGGUACGGAUCCGCAUAAUUCACUAACAUCAACAUCCUUGCAUAACCAGGGCCUUUUUCCACAUAGAACUGAAAAAGUAUUUCAUAUUAGUGAUAAAGCAGCUGCCUACCAUCCCCACAGGAAAAAUGUCUGAAGAGAUUGAUUAUUUUGAAGUAGUUUUUCUACUAAAUCUGGGAUGAAAACACUCCAUUUUGUUUGUGACAAAUUUUUGGUCUUCCAUCCAUCUUUUAUCAAGGAGCCUGGAAACUAGUUUUUCAUUGUUUGAUGUAGUACCUGGUUACUAAAUCACAGAUGUUCUGAGAACACAUCAACAAGUUCUUCACACAAUAGUCUUUGUAAAAGCUGUGUUAACCCAUUGACUCCCAUGCUGCCUGUGAUGAGCCUUGGCCUUUGUUCCACUUCUGACAUCAUCAGCUUUGACC